GGGCGGAGAGAAGGUGAUCAAUCUCCAUCCGUCUCCAUUAGAAAUCACCUUAACACUCUGACAGACAGCGACAAACCCCCUGAAAGCAAAUGAGUCUGAUUUAUUUGGCUGUAAAAAAAACACCCGGAACCGCAGCGAGGACGCGCUGACGCCCGUGCGCCGGUGACGGUGACCUGCUGCCUGCGUGUUUCUGUCUCUCCGUGUGCGUGAUGCUGCUCCAUUUGAACACUGCUGUUUGUUUUUGAGCCUCUCCACUGCUGCUGCCGCUGCUGCCGCUGCUGCUGCUGUUGUGCCCCGCAGACUUCCUGCUGCUGCUGCUGCUGCUGCUGGAUAUUUUCACUGCUGCUCGUGAGGCCGGAGAUUCCGGGAGAAGGGAAGGAGAAAAACAAGUGACUUGGAUCGCUCUCCUGUCCCGUCAAACUGCAGCAUCGAGGGAAACCGAACCACUGGCCUGAGCUGGGUGGAGCUGUGACCGCCUGUAGCAUGAUGUCCUACCUCAAACAGCCCCCAUACGGCGUCAACGGCCUGGGGCUGAGCGGCGCUGCCAUGGACCUGCUGCACCCGUCAGUGGGAUAUCCAGCGACUCCCAGGAAACAGCGGCGGGAGCGAACCACCUUCACCCGCUCCCAGCUCGACGUCCUGGAGGCUCUGUUCGCCAAGACCCGCUACCCGGACAUCUUCAUGCGGGAGGAGGUGGCGCUGAAAAUCAACCUGCCCGAGUCCAGAGUCCAGGUGUGGUUCAAGAACCGGAGGGCCAAGUGUCGCCAGCAGCAACAGAGUGGCAGUAGUGCCAAAGCCAGGCCGCCCAAGAAGAAGUCUUCACCGGCCCGGGAGAGCACGGGGUCAGAGAGCAGCGGCCAGUUCACGCCUCCCGCUGUGUCCAGCACCGGCUCGUCCUCUUCUUCAUCGUCCUCCACCAAUCACACAGGCCCAGUGGCGCUCAGCAGCACCUCUACCUCCAUCAGCACCGUCUCCUCCAUCUGGAGCCCCGCUAUCUCCCCUGGAAACGCCCCUGCUCCCGCUGUGGCCCCACUUCCCGAGCCCGGACCUCCGUCCAACGCGUCCUGUAUGCAGCGCUCAAUGUCCGGCUCGGCCGCCGCCGCCACUUCCUACCCCAUGUCCUACAACCAGACACCAGGCUACGGUCAGGGUUACCCCGCCCCGUCCAGCUCUUACUUCAGCGGCGUGGACUGCGGAUCCUACCUGGCCCCCAUGCACUCCCACCACCACCCCCACCAGCUCAGCCCCAUGACGGCGUCCUCCAUGUCGGGACACCCGCACCACCACAUCAGCCAGUCGUCGGGCCACCACCACCAUCACCACCACCACCAGGCGUACGGCGGUUCCGGCUUGGCCUUCAACUCGUCUGACUGCCUGGAUUACAAAGAGCAGACUGCAGCCUCCUCGUGGAAGCUCAACUUUAACGCCACAGACUGCUUGGACUACAAAGACCAGGCCUCCUGGAGGUUCCAAGUCUUGUGAUCCAGCUUUUCUUUUCUUCCCUCCCUGCUCGCCUGCUCCCUCUUCUUUUAUUUCCCAGAUUAGUGUGUCGCUUGUUUUGUUUUUUUUUAAGGACAGAAAGAGUUUAUGAAACAUAAAAUGACAAGAUAGCAACAGGAGCGCUCUGCAAUUGGACUUUGUUUUUCCUCCCACUUGUUCUCUUUUUGAAAAAAAUCAACAAAUGAAAAAAAAGGAAGAGAAGCUGCCCCUUGAUUCCUGUGAAGAGAACAUCAGGAGCCGUUUCCUGUUGAUGAAGAAUAAGGUUUUUAAGAAGCCGCCUCUUGGAUGAGCUCAACAAAACCAAACUGUUUUUCAGAACACAACAAAAUUAAGUAAUUACAACCAAACUCCUUUGACCACCAGCUCCUGGAUGGGAGGAAUAUGUUCCCCUCUGGUGCACGGACAGGAACUGGCCUGCAGUGCCCUCUUUACCUCCAAACCCAAUCAAAUCCUGUAUAGUUUUUAUUUCUGAAAAUGUGUUAUUUUAGAAUGACAGAGAUUUUUAGUCAGCUGCGUUAAGGAGCUGAAAUAUGUAAAUAUGUAUUUGGGUCAGUUACAGUGACCAUGUUUAGUUGGUGUUUUUUCUGAAUUUUAAAUUGUUUAUUACCACUUUGGGAGAAAAAAACGAAAAAAAAACAACUGUAUGUAAAUCUUUCCAAAUAUUCCAAAGAGAACAAAUUGGCCAUAAAGUUCAGCUUUUAUAUUUGUUGUUUUACUCUGGAGAGAAAAUGUUUUGGCUAUUUGAAAUGUCUUGGGAAACCUAUAAAAAUACAGAUGCAGAACUAUUCUGGCCAUCCGUCCAGGACACUCUGUUUUCCAGAUAUUAUAAUUCUAAUUAUUAUUAUUAUUAUCAUCAUUAUUAUUAUUAUUAUUAUUAUUAUUAUUCUAGCCUCUACAGUUUCAAAGCAGGCCUCUUCUCUUGGGCAUUGUCGUGCUUAUUGGACAUGUUUGAACCGCAGCACUUGGCUUGAUAUUGGAGUCAAAAAAAAUCAUUUUUCUUUUUUUCUUUUUGGAGAGGAAAUGUGGAUUGAAAGCUCCAAAAUGACAGUGAGAUGUUGAAUGUAUCUUUAAGGCGACCACUCUUACAUACAUGUUCAUCCAAUAAAGAUCCGUUAAGUCAUA